GGAUUUCUUUUUGAAUUUUCCACAAUUGGAAUGGCUUGAUCUAUCGCGUAAUAAACUUGUAAUAUCCACUGAUAAUUUCGAUGAAAUUCCGAAUCUAAAGAGACUUGAGUUAAUUGGAAAUGAUAUAAAAACGAUAACAGCUGGAACCUUUGAUAAAUUAUCAAAUUUGGAAUUUUUAAACCUUAUGGGAAAUAAAUUGACAGAAAUCGAUGGAUUAUUCGAAGAAUUAAUGUCAUUAAAGUCAUUGUCCCUAGACAUGAAUAAUUUAUUCAAAUUACAGCGGUCCACGUUUCAUCAAUUAAAAAAAUUGGAAACACUUGAUAUUUCUAUGAACAAUUUCUUCUAUAUUCCAUCAAAAUUGUUAAAUCAAAAUAAAGAAUUGCGACGAUUAUUGUUGCAUCAUAACAUCGGAGAGCUCGACCAUCUGCCAGUGUCUUUUUUGUCAAAUUUUGAAGAACUCAAAGAAGUCAUUUUGAACAAUAAUGGGUUUAAAAAAUUACCAGAAAAUCUUUUCAGGGGUUCAAUAUCAUUACAAUAUAUCAAUUUGAAUUGUAACUAUCUUAAAACAUUACCACAAAAUAUCUUCACGGGUCUACGAAAUGUUGAAACACUCUUGUUAAGAAACAACGCAAUCGAAGAUCUUCCUACAGAUAUUUUUAAGGAUUUCGAAAAAUUACGAAAACUUGAUUUGUCCAUGAAUCUAAUGACUUCUAUAAAAAAGAAUCUAUUGGAAAACUUGCUAUCAUUGAUUGAAUUAAACAUGGAAAGAAAUAGAUUAACAGUUAUCGAACCAAUGGCUUUUUUCCCUCUUACAAAUAUAUUCAUUGUCAAGUUAUCGCAUAAUCAAUUAGAAUUAAACUCUACGAGUACAAAAUGGUCACCAUUUUAUAAUAAUUCUUUUCUCAGUGAAUUGCAUUUAUCUAACAACAGUAUAGAAACAUUCUUUUCCGAUUGGUCAAUAAGUAGAUAUCACUUAAAAUUAUUAGAUUUGAGUUACAACCAAAUAAAUACCAUAUCGGGGAAUAACUUCAUAUUACCCUCAGACCGUAUUCUAGUCGAUCUGAGAUAUAAUAACAUAAGUAACAUUUUUCUACACGAUAUCGAAGAACUGGCAAUUUAUCAAAGUAAAGAACGUGACGUUGUCAUUCUGGUUGAUCAUAAUCCUAUAUUAUGCGAUUGUUACUUGUACGAUUUGUUGCUUUAUUUAAACAACAAAAUGCCAAGAACUGUUUACAAUUAUUUUAAAAUUAAACUUGGAAAUUUAUCGUGCGUUCAAUAUAAUGGAACGAAGGGCCCACAAAUUACAAAAUUGGAUUUAAACACGUAUACGUGUCCCGAAGACAAAUUCUUUAGUAUUAGAAGAAAUUGUCAAGUUGGUUGUACCUGUGCUGUAAGAUUGCACGACACUACACGUAUUUUAGAUUGCUCGUAUAAAAAUAUGUCUGAAUUUUUGAUCGAUCGAACACAAUUUAUACCUAUCAGAACAUAUCCUUUAAUAUUGAAUCUAACUGGGAAUUUUUUAACCGAGGUUCCAUCGAUACAAGCAUUAAUAUCAAUAAACGUAACUGGUUUACUGUUAUCCAAUAACCGUAUUUCUCAAGUUACGAUAAACAAAUUACCAGAAAAUCUCACGUCAUUAGAAUUGCAUAAUAAUAAUAUAUCAGAAAUUGAUUCGGAAGUAUUGGGCUUUGUGUAUUCUAGAUCUCUGAAAGUAUUCACAUUAAGUGGAAACCCAAUAAAAUGUAAUUGCGGUACUAGAAGUUUACAUCUUUUCGUUCAAUCAAAACGUUCUAUUUAUAAAGAUUUAAAUAAUGUAAAAUGUGAUAACACGAAUACUCUUUUGUAUAAAAUGACCCAUGAUCAAUUGUGUCAAAAUUCAAGUUUAGACAAAGAAGUUGAAUUAAAUGAAAGGGAAACACACGGCGGGGUUAAAAUCUUAAGGCAGUAA